CUCAACUCUCAUAAAACAAAGAAUCUUGUAUAUCGAAAUUUACUUUUCUAUGUAUGCAAAACUUAAAAUAUCCUAAUUCUAUUAUCGAAAACACGUUAAGGCUCUUCAAUUUAAUCCCCUCUAGUCAUUUGAGAAACCUAACAAAAAUAGUACUCUAAAAGUGUGGAUUUAUUGUUUGUCAUCAAAUAAACUUUAUCAGCUAGAGCUCUUGGGGCAACCCUAGUGAGGAAUUUGGCUUUCAAUCUCCAUCAGCCUUUAUGACAAAAAUGGAAGGCAAGGCUUCUAUUAAACAAUUUCCUGUCAUUUUAUCUGCUAUACGUAGCGAUAUUUUACUUGUGACAGAAGGAUUCCUUGAGAGUGAAUAUCCAUGCACCUAAAAAAGCUACUUUGAUAGUUUUGACUAAUGAAACCAUGAAUUGGCAAAAUGAUCUAGCUAGCUCUAUCAUCUGUUCACACACUUUAAUUCUUUUCUAUGGUCGGUUUUGGAUAUCCUAACUGGCAUCGCACGUACAUACCUCAAUUAUGGAAGUCUUGAUGGUCAUCCAAGCUAAAGCAAAUUCCUUUUGACUCAACCUUUUUUUCGAGGUCACAUAAAAAAAACCACAUCCCUUAAUAACCCUUUGAAGCCUCUAGCUUAGCAGCAAAGACUGCCUCUCCCUCUCACCCAGAAAGAGAGAUUCCUUGCAUGCCCUGCCCCACAUCUUUUGCCUAUCAAAUAUUCCUUAUUACUCGUGUACAAAUAAAAUUGACCUAUUCAUGCUUCCUUCAUACUCUCCACCAUUUCCAUCUCAUCAUACAGAGCAUAAUCUACUCCUGGUUUCUCCAUUUCCCUAUCCUUCUAGGCCUCAUGGUACCGGAUUUAGAGAAACCUCGAGUCACAGAGAUAAAUGUCCGAAUGGACUGCAAUGGCUGUGUACAGAAGAUCAAGAAGGCGUUACAUGGCAUUCACGAAAUUGACGAUAAUAGGCUGGGCGGAUCCAGAAAGAAUAGUUAAAGCAAUUAGAAAAACUAGGAAGAUUGCAACAAUCUGUUCCCAUUCAGAACCAACAGAAGCUGCUGCACAGCCAACGGAACAACCGCCUGAAGGUGGUUCAGCACGUCCAGAGGCAGCAAAUCCUCCUCCAUCUGAAGCUCCCCCAGCUGAAGCUGAGCCACAACCUCAAUCACAACCUGAAGUAGCCCCACCUGCAGAGCCACCAAAAGAUCAACCACCACCAGAGAAACCACAAUCAAAGCCAGCACCAACACCUGCUGCUACUGACGCCAAUGCCAACCAGCAACCAUCACAACCUUCUGGACCAAAAGAUGUCGGAGAAGUUCAUGAAAUAUGCCACCAUCCACCUGAUCAUGGACAGAGAUAUGGCUACGUUCACAGCUAUGGAGGGCCCUGGAGCAGACGGUACCCCAAUAGCCAAGGCAAUUUCUAUCCUGAACCACUAAGCAGACACCCUAAUAGCCAAAUUUUCCACCAUGAACCACCUCAACCUGCCUUCGCAACUCACAGCUAUAACACAUACAAGCCACCACCAUAUGUAACAGAAUAUGAAUAUGUUCAUUCACCACCACGGUUCACGCAUUACAGUAGGAUUGAUCACUACAAUGAAGACUAUCACAACAAUUACAGCAGUGGCAGCAGCAGCAAUUUCUAUCCUGAACCACUAAGCCGACACCCCAAUAGCCAAGUUUUCCACCAUGAACCACCUCAACCUGCCUUUGUAACUCAUAGCUACAACACAUACAAGCGCUCACCAUAUGUAACAGAAUAUGAAUAUGUUCAUUCACCACCACGGUACAUGCAUUACAGUAGGAUUGAUCACUACAACGAAGAUUAUCACAACAAUUACAGCAGUGGCAGCAGCAGCAGCAGUAGCAGCAACGGAAAUAUUACAUCAAUAUUUAGUGAUGAAAAUCCCAACGCUUGUAGAAUAAUGUAGAUAGUUUAGCAAGGGAAAUAUGAUC